AUGACAGCGAUCAAAUCGUUUUCGCAAAUCUCUGUCAGCUGCAAAUUCGAGUUCACCAAUCUGAAAUGUACGACCUUAGAACGAGAGUUUGUGGAGUUUGACAAGUGUUUUCUGAAGUCUUACAACCGAACCUACAAAUACCUCACCGUUAGCACCAAUAUCCACGUGCUCCCGCUGAACAGUGCUACCGUCCAUACGCAGGUGUUCAAGCGAUUGAACGGCUACAAACCAUUCCUGUUUAACUUCACAACCAACGCCUGCGUGAUAUUGGCUGGGAAAAUGAAUCCGACGACUCGAUUCUUCUUUGGGCUGAUUUCCCCCUACUCGAACUUGAACCAUUCCUGUCCCUACGAUCAUGACGUAUUUGUAGAGAAGCUUCCGAUCAGCUUUAUGAACGAGAAAUUCACCAGGGUUCUGCCAUUCCCGGAGGGUGAAUACUGCGUCAAAAAUAAAUUCUCCUACCGUGGAACACCACGAGCUGAGAUCGCGGUAUACGCACGCAUUUUCUAA